CACGAGGGCCACUGCGUCGACGGCUGCUUCGACGGCUUCGGCACCUGCACCUACGCCGACGGCGGGCGCUACGUCGGCGAGUGGGUGCGGAACAUGCGCCACGGCGAGGGCAUCUUCACGUCGGGCGACGGGAGGGAAUACGUCGGCGAGUGGCGCGGCGGCAAGAGGCACGGCUGGGGCUGCGUCUUCCACCCCUGCGGCGAGCUCUACGAGGGCGAGUGGGACCAGGGCCUCAUGCACGGCGGCCAGGGCCGCUACUUCUUCGCCAACGGCGACUUCUUCGACGGCACGUUCCGCGGCAACGUCGCGACGGGCCACGGCGUCUACUGGUACACGGCCUGGGGCAACGCCUACUCCGGGUCCUGGGUCGACGACAAGAAGAACGGCAAGGGGUCCUACGUCUUCGCCUCGGGCUCGCGCUACGACGGCUGGUGGAAGGACAACGACAUCCACGGCAAGGGCAUCUUCGUGUUCUCGGACGGCGCGACGUACAAGGGCGAGUUCGCGCGGAACAUGAAGGAGGGCCGCGGCACCUACGCCUGGGCGUCGGGCAACGUCUACGUCGGCGACUUCCUGAAGGACAAGAUGGACGGCGCCGGCGAGAUGACCUACCACACGACGAACCACCACUACGUCGGCCGCUGGCGCGACAACAAGAAGAACGGGCGCGGCCUCUUCACCUUCGCGGACGGCAACACCUACGACGGCGACUUCCUCGACGACAUCCAGCACGGCUACGGCAAGCUCCUCGAGUACCGCGACGGCGGCUACUACAAGGGCGACUGGGUCAACGAGCGCAUGACGGGCCGCGGCCUCUACGUCUGGCCCGACGGGUCCCAGUACGAGGGCCAGUGGCAGGACAACAUGCGCCACGGCGAGGGCACGGAGCUCUCCGCGUCGGGCACGGUCUACCGCGGGCGCUACUGGAAGAACAUGCGCCACGGGCCGGGCGUCAUGACCUACCUCAACGGCAACUCCUACGAGGGCAUCUGG